AUGGCGCUCCCUCCCAAGUUCAAGGGCCACCGUCUGCUCUUCUUCAGCGACGAUCCGGCAGCUCCGGCACCCACGGAGGCAUCGGCAGCAGAGCCCCUGCACACCAUUGAGUUGUACCUGGAUUAUGUCUGCCCCUUCUCAGCAAAGCUCUUCAAGACCUUUGUGACGUCGGUUGCUCCCAAGAUCCGGGCCGAUCCCAAGCUGGCAAGCAAGGUGCAGGUUAUCUUCCGCCAACAGAUCCAGCCUUGGCACCCAUCAUCAACGCUCGUGCAUGAAGCCGCCCUUGCUGUGAACAGGCUCGCACCGUCCAAGUUCUGGACCUUCAGUGAGGCUCUCUUCAACGACCAGAAGUCGUACUUUGACGUCAGUCUCGUGAACGAGACUCGUAACGCUACGUACAAGCGCUUGGCUAAGCUCGGGGCCGACAGCGCCGGCGUGAGCGAGAACGAGCUGUACAAGCUGCUGGCUAUUGCCGAGAAGGCCUCUGAUGAUGGCAGCCUGAACAUUGGAAACGGGGUGACGAAUGAUCUCAAGUGGUCCAUCAAGACUGCCCGUCUUGUUGGGGUGCAUGUCAGCCCCACUGUGAUUUUCGACGGCGUGGUCGCCAACGAAAUCAGCUCAGGAUGGAGUGCUGAUCAGUGGUCCGAAUGGCUGGGCAAGAAUAUCGAUUAG